UGUAGUAUUGACAUAAACUAUUCUCACACUAGUCAUGCUAGACAUGUCUAGAGACACUCUAACUACAUUCCUCUAACAUCCAACGAGCAGCUAGCCGGGCACGAGAGGAUGACGCAGCCGCAAGCAAAACCACCCAAGUCGGGAUCCUCGAAGCGUAGUGCUCUACGGGACAUUAUUGUCGGGGGCAAGUAUCGGUUAUUGAGUCCAAUAGGCAGCGGGUCCUUCGGGGAGCUAUAUCGUGCCUCGGGCCUCCACUGCGGCGAAGAAGUGGCUGUCAAGCUGGAGAGCAGCUCGGUUAAGUAUCCACAGCUGCCGCGCGAGGCCAAGAUAUACAACAUACUUAGGGGCGGUGUUGGUUUCCCGCACAUUCGCUACUUCGGCACCGAGGGCAUCUACAAUGUGCUAGUGCUAGAUCUACUGGGCCCCACCUUGGAGGAUCUGCUCAACUUCUGUGCGCGAAACUUCAGUCUGAAGACUACACUAAUGCUGGCGGAUCAGAUUCUGGCCCGCGUGGAGUAUCUGCACAUGAAUUGUCUGCUGCAUCGCGACAUCAAGCCGGAGAACUUUCUCAUGGGCCUGGGCAGUCAGCGCACUCGCGUGUUCAUGAUUGAUUUUGGCCUGGCCAAGAGAUAUUAUCGCCCAAGCACCCGCACCCACAUCAACUACUAUGAGCGCCACGAGCUCAUUGGCACUGCUCGGUACGCCUCCGUGCACGCCCACUAUGCGGAGCAGGGCCGGCGCGACGACUUGGAGUCCGUUGGCUAUCUGUUGCUCUACUUCAUGCGCGGUCGCCUGCCCUGGCAGGGCAUCAAUGCGGCGACGCGAGUCCAGAAGUACGAGAAAAUCGCCGAGAGCAAGUCCACGCUGCCACUGAAUAUACUCUGCGCCGGUGUGCCCACCGAGUUUUACAUGUACAUGAAGUACUGUCGCAGCUUGCACUUUACCGAGCAGCCGGACUACGUGUAUUUGCGGCAGCUGUUUAAGGUCUUAUUCCGGAACCACUUUCUGAUCUAUGACUAUCUCUACGACUGGGUCAACAUCAAUGUGGAGAUGGGCCGCAAUAAGCGCAUGUUGGCACAGAUUGAACAUGGCAAGGGUCGAGAACAAGAUCAACAGCAGCAGGAGCAGCAACAGGAGGAGGUGGAGGAGGAGGGUGAUGAGGAAGACGAUGAGGACGAAGACGAGGACGACGACGAGGAUGACGACGACGAGGAUGAGGCGGAACAGUUGCCAAUCAAAAAAAGCUACUAUCGAAAAAAACGACCAAACAAAUAAUAAUCAGACCACUUUGGGGAACGAUUCGUUUUCCGUUAUAUCUUAACUAUAUAUUGGCAUACAUUUGAUCAUUUUUACAUGUUAUGCAACACAGAAUACCUAGGUGUAAGUGUGCGAGGGCACGUCCACCAUAUUCCAUUAUCAAAUCAUUCGCCUUGCCAGCAUUGACACAGCCCCCUAGAGGCAAUCUCUGGACGCUGUUUUGUUGUAGUUGCGUAUAGAGAGGUUCGCCAGAUGCGGGUUUAAUACAAGGUCAAAUGGGCUAGGCCAACGUGUGGGCUUGCUUGGCAAAUGGGAAACAACUGUAAUUGGCAGAGCAUGUUAAUAAAAGGGUUAAUUAGAGGAGGCACGAGCCCAGCUGUGGACGUUGACAUGAGUGUCUGGAGAAAGGAGGUCAGUGAAGGCAAGACAAGAAGGACUACACAAGCCAAGGCAAGGCAAAGCAAAGUAUGCUUAUUCGCGCUAUACUAAUGCGGAAUGGGGCACACUCUCUCCACACAGAUCUACAUAUAGCCAUCGCCAGCCAAUAAACCGAUUCCAAAUGAUCCAUAUACUGAGGCCUUCAUCAACUGUUACGAUUUGCAAGUCAAUGGGAGGAAGCAGGGACAACGUGCACAGACGACCAUCAGAUCAUUUUCCAUCAUUCAAAUAAUUAUGUACAGCUGAAUAAAUGGUUUAU